AUAAUAAUAAUAAUAAUAAAGACCCUUUUCCUAGUCAUGAUAAUAUGUGCAAACUGAGGGAGAAGCUUGUGAAUGGGUACAGGGCCAAAUUACCUGAGGAUAAGUCAAUGUGCAUCCCCCACACAACUAGACUGUGGAUGGAAGCCGUCAAACCAAGGACGUCUCGGCGGAGGAAGGUCUGUUUGACGCAGGCAUCCCUGUUGUCUGUUUCCUGUUUUCUGAAGCUUCACCAGGCAGUCAGUUCCGGUACACCGUACAUGGGAGCAAGGGAUGCAUCACGUGCUGAUUCUCAGAAGACUAGGCCGUUCCUGUUCUUGAAUAAUCAGGGCCUGAAGAAGGGCUCGAAAUCAGGCAGGGCUAACCCGUGGGAUAGAAGCUUGGCGUCAAAACUCGCCAAAGCAAAAGGGAAAGUUGGUGCUGGUGCUGGUGAACGGGGUGGUGCUGAGAAAGAGCUUAACAAGGAGUCUGGUAAAGAGAAGGAAGUGUCAGUGCCAAAAAAGAACCAAAGGCCUCGAAAUUCCUUGUUAUGGUGGUUCAAAGUGAUCAAGCGUAUGUCGGCUGGCCUUGGACAUGAAAAUUCUGGCCAUGUCCAGAACUGACCACGAAGCAGCGUCAGAGGCCUACUACCAAUAUGUCGUGGGGCCAAACACCGAUGUCACGCUGUUCUUUGACAAGCGGCUCUUCUCGAGGAAACGUGGUUCACAGGUCCCUUUGUGGGCCCAAGCCAUCACCGUCAAGAAGCCUCAGGCCCGCACCGAUAAGGAGUUGGACAGCCUCGAUGAGCUGAUGAUGACCGUACGGUCGUACAGGGAGAAGUUCCAGUGUACCAUGAGGAAAAGUGUAUGCCAAGUAUUUCGAUACACAAAUUGUGAGCGAGGCCGCAUCGUCCUCCGGCAAAACCAUCGAGGGGUCGGCUUCUACCUCGUCUACUCCGGUUCCUUGUACGUCCAGAAGGAAUUGGAAGAGAAGACCGGAAACAAACACUUGGAGAACAUCAUACGCAGCGGACAACAUUUUGGGGAAGUAGCUCUCUUGGGGGAUGGUCUCCGGACAGCCACGGUCAUCUGUCGGGAACCAUCCGAAUUGUUUUACAUAGAGAAAGAUGACUUUGCUGCCCUCUGUCCGCAGUUAUUCGACGACGAACUUUCACAGAAGAUCAAGUUCGCUCAAAGGUUCGAAUUAUUCAAGGACUGGCGAGAUUUGAACCUGCACAAGCUCUGUCUCCAGUCCCAGGUGCUGUAUAUAUCACAUGGCCAAAUCAUUGAAGCUGAUUGGCUCCAGACACGAUACCUCUACUUCGUUAUGCAGGGCUGCAUAUCUUUGCUGAAAAAGUUCCAAGUGCAGCAGAGCGUGAAACGACGACACAGUCCAGUGCACAGUGCAAAACACGCAAAGGGUCGACAAGAAGAAGAAGAAGAACAACGACAAGAGCAGGAGGAUGCAAAAUGGUACACAUGCGUGGCUGUUGUUGGUCACCUACACUCUGGUGACCACAGCGAUCUUUCGGUGCUAGAACAAGAAGACCGAGUAUCUGGAGUCUCCAUGAAGAGCGACGGAGUCCGUGUCCUCCGUUUUUCCACAAGGAACACCUUUGCCUUCAGUGAGGGAAACUGUAUCCAGAAGUUUCUACAGAAAUACAAAAAACCAAAAAUCCCAUCCGAUGAGGAACUCUGCAAGAAUUACCACAAUUCUUCAAAAUGGAACAAAUUCAAGAAACAAAUGCUUUACACACAACUCUUGCAGAAGAACGGUGCUGCUGUUACUCCUGCUACGGCCACCUCUGCUACCUCCGGACAUUAAUUUACCAAUCCCAUCAGCAGAUGACGUCAGUUCCUUGCCGGAAAAAAAACAAUUAUGAUUUUUACCUGGACUUUGUAAAGGAAUAAAAUAUUAAAGCAAGCAUGAU